UAGCGGCCAUUAGCUCUCACAACCACCAGAGCCAAUUCCAUCCAGCCUAGCUAGCCAUGGAGACGGAGCCACCCAAGAUGCUCGCCGUGAUGGCGACGAUGAUGAUGAUGGCCACCGCCGCUGCACUUGUGCCGGAGGCGGCGGUGCUUGCAGGACAGGCGAGGGCACUCCUCGUCUGGAAAGCCAGCCUCGACGACCAAAGCCAGCACACACUAAAGUCCUGGGGGAACAUGUCGGCGCUCUGCAGCAGCUGGCGUGGCAUCACGUGCACAGGGCAACAUCGCCAGCCGGUGAUCAGCGGCAUCUCUCUGCGGGGGAUGCGGCUGAGAGGGGCGCUGGGGCCACUCGACUUCUCAGCCUUGGCGACCCUGACGCGCCUCGACUUCUCGCACAACCACCUCAGCGGGAGCAUCCCUGCCGGCAUUGAGGUCCUCGGAGAGCUCCGUGCUCUGCUUCUACAAGGCAACCAGAUAAGAGGCUCCAUUCCACUAGGCCUAGCAAAUCUCACAAAAUUACGCUCCUUAAUGCUUCAUGAAAAUGAAAUCUCCGGGGGAAUACCAAGGCACAUAGGCAACAUGAGUAAUCUUGUGACCCUCACCUUGUGGGUCAAUCACUUGGUUGGUCAAAUCCCCUUUGAAAUAGGGAACCUAAAGCACUUGGUUACAUUAGAUUUUUCUGACAAUAAUCUUUCCGGCUCAAUCCCAAGCACUAUAGGUGACUUGACAAAUCUCGCUACCUUGUACCUUGACGCAAACCAACUCUUUGGACACAUCCCUCGAGAACUUGGUCAUUUGGUCAAUUUAAAGGACUUGGGCCUUAGCCGAAACACAUUCUCAGGUUCCAUUCCAAUAAAUUUGUUUAAUUCGACCAAGCUCACUAUCUUAUAUCUAUGGGGCAACAGGCUCUCUGGUCAAAUUCCACGAGAAUUAGGUCAGCUAGUUAACUUGGAGGAAUUAGAACUUAAUACAAACACACUCUCAGGUUCUAUCCCAAUCGCUAUAGGGAAUUUGACCAAACUCACUAGAUUAUACCUUUUUCAGAACCAACUUUCGGGGCAAAUUCCACGGGUGCUAGGUUAUAUGAUGAACUUAAAAGAAUUGGCUCUAUAUGAAAACACACUCUCAGGGCACAUUCCAAGAAAUUUAUGUAAUUUGACCAAGCUCACUCGCUUACUUCUUUCGCGCAAUAGAUUUUCUGGUCAGAUUCCACGAGAAUUAGGUUACCUUGUGAACUUAAAUGACUUGGAUCUUGCUUAUAAUACACUCUCAGGUCCUAUCCCAGUCACCAUAGGCAAUCUGACAAAACUCAAUAUAUUAAGCCUUUUUACGAACCAACUUUCGGGGCAAAUUCCACGAGAAUUGGGUCACCUUGUGAACUUAGAGGAGUUGGAUCUUAAUAUUAACAAACUAUCAGGUUCCAUCCCAAACAACUUACGAAGUUUGACAAAGCUCACCAAGUUAUGCCUUGCACAAAACCAACUCUCUGGAUCUAUUCCUCAAGGAAUUGGCAAGUUAAUGAGUCUAGUUAAACUGCAACUCCCUUUUAACAACCUCUCUGGUUCCUUGCCAUCUGGUCUUUGUGCGGGAGGUCAGCUACAAAUUUUGAUCGUUAACGACAACAACUUGGUUGGACCCUUGCCAUCAAGCUUGCUAAGUUGUACAAGCCUAGUCAGGAUUCGACUUGAACGGAAUUACCUUGAAGGAGAUAUCACCGAGAUGGGAGCUCACCCAAAUCUUGUAUAUAUUGAUAUAAGUUCAAAUAAACUAUUUGGUAAACUAUCUCAUCGUUGGGCUGAGUGCCACAAUCUUACAGUGCUACGUGCAUCAAAAAACAAUAUAACCGGAGUAAUACCAUCAAGUAUUGGGAAAUUAUCUUGGUUGGGGAUACUUGAUGUUUCAUCAAAUAAGCUUGAAGGACAAAUUCCUCCAGAAAUCGGUAAUAUAACGAUGUUGUUCAGUUUGAGCCUUUUUGGUAACUUGCUCCAGGGAAAUAUGCCCGCAGAAAUUGGAUCACUGAAAAAUCUGGAAUAUCUAGAUUUAUCAUCAAACAACCUAACUGGGCAGAUACCAGGAUCAAUUCAGCAUUGUUUGAAGCUUCACUCUCUAAAGUUGAGCCAUAAUCACUUCAAUGGUACAAUUCCUAAUGAACUAGGGAUGUUGGUAAACCUACAAGAUAUGUUGGAUCUAAGUGAAAAUUCAAUUGGUGGCGCUAUUCCUAGUCAACUAGGUGGUCUUACAAUGCUUGAAGCCUUGAAUCUUUCUCACAAUGCACUGAACGGCAGCAUUCCACCAUCAUUUCAGAGCAUGAACAGCCUCCUAUACAUGGAUAUGUCAUACAACAAAUUAGAAGGGUCAGUGCCACAUACUAGGCUCUUUGAAGAGGCUCCAAUCAAAUGGUUUAAGCAUAAUAAGAAAUUGUGUGGUGUUGUAACAGGUUUGCCCCCUUGUGAUCUUCCUCAAAGUAGUGAACAAGGGAAAAAGUCUGGUGCAAUUUUACUCUCUAUAAUAGCCGCUAUUGCAUCUUUUGUGUUUGUCAUUGCACUGGUAACAUGGCAGUGCAAAAAGAAGAAAACCAAGACAACAGUUCCAGAUGAACCACAACAAACCAAGAUGUUCACCAUUUGGAAUUUUGAUGGGGAGGAUGUGUACAAGAAAAUUGUUGAUGCCACAAACAAUUUCAGCAACGCUCAUUGCAUUGGAUCUGGAGGGAAUGGAUCAGUCUACAGAGUCCAGUUACCAACAGGUGAAUUGUUUGCAGUGAAAAAGAUCCAUAUGAUGGAAGAUAAUGAGCAAUUUAACCGUGAAAUACAUGCAUUGAUGUAUAUUCGACAUCGGAACAUUGCAAAGUUAUUUGGUUACUGCUCUGCAACCCAAGGAAGAUUUCUUGUGUACGAAUACAUGGAUAGAGGAAGCUUAUCAGCAUCUUUGGAGGGUACAGAAACUGCAGUUGAAUUCGAUUGGCGGAGGAGGUUAAAUAUUGUUUGGGAUGUUGCUCAUGCUUUGUCUUACAUGCAUCAUGACUGCUUCGCACCGAUAGUCCACCGAGAUAUAACAAGCAACAACGUUUUGCUUGACCAGGAAUUUAGAGUCUGCAUCUCAGAUUUUGGUCUAGCGAAGAUACUAGAUGUGGAUGCAUCGAACUGCACUAGUCUUGCAGGGACAAAAGGAUAUCUUGCCCCAGAGCUUGCAUACACAACAAGGGUGACGGAGAAGUGCGAUGUUUAUAGCUUUGGGAUACUUGUUCUAGAGCUGUUCAUGGGACAUCAUCCAGGUGAUUUCCUUUCGUCCAUGGACAACAACAAAAAAAGUACAUCAAUUGAGAAAUUGCUGGACACCCGGCUCCCACUCCCUGAACCUGAGGUCGCAACUAAGAUAUUUCAAGUGGUCGCCAUCGCUGUUCGGUGCAUAGAGCCUGAUCCAUCGCACCGUCCGACGAUGCAGCAAGUAACCAAGGUGUUGUCAGCAGCUGAGCGACGUGCUAAUAAUCUUGAUUAUGUCCACACUAGCAUUGUUAUCCCUGCCUGCUGGUCGUGAAUGUCCAUUUGAUUAUUACAUCCGACACUGCCUAUAACACAUUAUUUUAUUCGCCAGAUAGUUUGUUUUCUGAUAUAUAUAUAUCAUCGGCAGCUGCUGGUUGGCAAUUAGCUACAUAUAAAUAUAUUUUUGUAUGGCAGAGCUUCUGCUGUAUCUGUAAAACAUUGAUAAAUAAAUCAAUCUGCA